CGUAGCUAGCAGACCGAGAAAAUAACUUCUACUGAAAGCAACUGCCCCAAUAUAGCUAGCUAGGUUAACCGCAUUAGCUGGAUGUUAGAGGCUUAUGUACAAACUUAACAGCUAGCUGAGAGCUGUAACAGUUUGGAAAUAGUAGUAGAAAAUUAGUUAGAUUAUUUCUAGAAAAUAACCUUGCUUUGUUAUUUAGGUUAGCUAGUUAGUUAGCUAAAAUUUUGCAUUUGUCACGCUAAGUGUGAAUCAUGGAAUCUGAAGCCACACGUGUCGGAACAGCUGAACAUGAAAUUAUUAAAGAGAAUGAAGAUAAGUGCAUAACUGAAAAAAAGAUGGAAGGGGAAGAAUCACGUAAAGCUGGGAGACCUAGCUCUCGCAUACCUACUUUUCAAAGUUCACUGGCUCGCAAACGAACCAUUAGCCAAAUUGCAGAGUCAUCGCUGCCAGCAAAGCCUGAGGGAUCCAGUGAGGAAGGCCAAAUGAAAGAGGGAGGAAUUGGCUCUGGAGAACCUUUGAGAACAAAAUUACCCAUACUUGGCGACAAAGAUAAGACUUUGCCUAUUCUGUCAACUUAUAUACACUCAAAUAGCACUGAUGAUCUCUCUCUUGCUAAUUUCCCAGACCUCAUCUCUGGGAAUUUAGAAGAAACAUCACUUUCACGCAAACAAAAUAUGUUACUGGAACCAAAAACAUAUGCAACCAGGGACUCUGAAAGGCUUGAAGAACCCUUUCAACAGCCUAGUCUGAGAGCAGAGUCCUAUAUGGGUUCACUCUCAGAAUGUCCACUGGAAUAUCAAAGUGUAAGCAAAAAGCCGGUCACCAAAGAUGAACAUGAAUCAGAAGCAGCUCUUCAGGAUGAAGUUACAGCAGAUCCCAGCUUAAUGAUUUCUCCUGAAGAGUCUCCUCCUGCACUUAGUGUCAAGAUGGAACCCACAGAAGUACAAGGACCUUGUGAAAAUAAACAAGGUCUUGGAGAAGACUUGGGAAUGAGAAGUGUGAAAGAAACACCCUCUUUUUUCCAUUUUGUAGAAGAGUCAGUCAUGGAGGAUAUCGGCAAGCAGUGUUCUGCCAUGAAGACAAAUGAAAGGAGUUCUCAUAAAGUGUCCCAUAAAAUAUCUCUAAAAGAGAGAGAUCCAGAUGUCUCUGCUUGGAGUAAGGCAGGUGAUUCUACACAGGUAGAACACAGUAAAAGCACAUCAUGGCCCAUAAAAAAGAGCUUUGCACUCUACUGUCUCUUCCCAUCAAUUCUGCUGCUUCUCGGUGGAUUUGGUCAACACAUUUGGCUCUAUGGGGUUCCUAAAUCUGUCUCUCACUUAAUGAUGCAACUGGAACUGCACUGGCUUGAAGGGUUAUGGUUGUCCCAAGAGGGAUGCAGCAAAGACUGUAGACUCACCCUUGUUGAGAGUGUUCCGAAAGGAAUGCUCUUUCCUCCUGGCUCUCCACACCUACAGAGCAUAUCAGAUACCUGGACCAAUCUUCUGAAUCGAGCUAACAGCUCCGUUAGCAUUGCUGCUUUCUACCUCACACUCAGAGACUUCGACGUUGACUUGACUGAGCCCAGUGCUAUGCAGGGCAAAGAAUUGUUUAGUCAACUUAAGCGACUUGAAUCUAGAGGAGUGAAUUUAAAGAUUGCAGUUAAUGCCCCUCAGACCUACAGAACAGACACGGAUGAGUUAUCAGAAGCAGGAGCAGAGGUCAGAGAGGUCAAUCUUCAAACCAUCACUGGAGGUAUUGUCCACACUAAGCUCUGGGUUGUGGAUAGGAAACAUAUAUAUGUCGGGAGUGCAAACAUGGACUGGCGCUCUCUGACCCAGGUGAAGGAAGUUGGGGUUUCUGUGGAGGACUGCAACUGUUUGGCACAGGAUGCGGCACGGAUAUUUGGAGUCUAUUGGGAAAUUGGUGCUCUGAAAAAUGGUUCCCUACCUCCUUUCUGGCCUGGCCGAUUUUCUGCCCUCUCCAGCACUAAGUACCCAUUAGCUGUUAAAUUCAACGGUGUCCCUGCACGUGUCUAUCUGUCUAGCUCUCCACCUCAGUUAUCCACUUAUGGCCGAUCAGAUGAUCUCUCAGCUAUCCUCUCUGUAAUUGCUGAUGCAAAGGAAUUCAUCUACGUGUCUGUUAUGGACUACAUUCCCAUGACUCAGUUUACCCAUCCAAUACGGUUCUGGCCUGCCAUUGACUCAGCUCUCCGGGAGGCUGCAUGUGCUCAAGGAGUGGAGGUGAAUCUGCUGGUCAGCUGCUGGAGCCACUCUCCUGGAGCCAUGUUCAUAUUCUUGCAGUCUUUGUCAGUACUCAGCAAGAAGCCACUCCGAUGCAAUAUCCAUGUUAAGGUUUUUGAGGUACCUUCCACGCAAGAGCAACUUCAGAUCCCUUUUGCCCGUGUCAGCCAUGCCAAAUACAUGGUCACAGAUGGAGUUGUCUACAUUGGAACUUCCAAUUGGUCAGAAAAUUAUUUCAGCCAGACUGCUGGAGUUGGGCUUGUUAUCAAUCAAACCGGCUCUAAGGUGGAAAAGGGCCAACAAACUGUGCACCAUCAGCUGCAGGAAAUUUUCCAGAGGGACUGGAAUUCUGCCUUUUCCCAGACUCUCACUGAUGAGCAUGCAGAAUAUUGCAGUGGGAAGAAAAAACAUGACUUAUUGUAAAGUUCUUACAAUAUGAUAUAGUAUAAUAGACUUAGAACUCCAUGCAUUAUUUGCAUUUUAUUAGUUGACUUGCUUUAAUGUGGGAUAUAUCCAAACAAGCCUGUAUUCUGGACAAUAUUAAGGCUUGCCAGGAACUGCUUAAUUGUAUAUAUUUUUCUAAGUUUGCUGUACAUUUUGUUUUCUUCUAGUUGACAUUUUUGUAUAUAUUGUGUGUUUUCUAAAAUGCCAAACAAAUUUUCAGCAGGACUUAAUCUUGGGGGGGGGGGGGAGCUCUAUUCCAUCAGUACUUUGGCUUAAAAUAUACAAGCAUAAUUAUUCAUAUCACAAUGCUGCAAAUGUUGCUCAGAACAUUUCAACACUGUAAAGCUGAACUUGAGUGUCAAAUAAAAGUACGU